UAUCUUAUUCUCCCCCCACCCUCACUUGUCACUUGCUGACUCGUUUUGUCACUGUGUAUUAUUAAUAAAAUUCAAAGUUUUGUAGGUGAAGUAAAAAUUAUGCAAGAUUUUAAAAAUAUAAACUAUGAAAUUAUCGAAAAUCUUAGAACAACUGAUUUCAAAAAGCGAGUGGAAGGAAUUCAAUAUGGAACAGCCGGCUUUCGAACAAAAGCAGAAGAUUUGGUACACGUGGCAUUCGCUAUGGGCAUCCUGUCAGUUUUGCGAUCUAAAUUAAAGAAAGCUGCGGUAGGAAUAAUGAUAACAGCAAGUCACAAUCCUGAAUGUGACAAUGGCUUGAAACUAGUCGACCCUUCUGGUGAAAUGCUGGAGACUGCUUGGGAGAAAAUAGCCACUGAUUUAGUCAAUGCCGAUGACAACAAUUUCGUGCCGACAUUGCGAAAAGUAAUAAAAGAUCAGGGUAUAAAUGAAGCAGCACCGGCAACAAUAAUACUUGGAAGAGACACUAGAAAAAGUAGUCCGAAGCUAGCAGAAGCUGCAAUAAAAGGAAUAGAUGCUUGUCAUGCGACUCUAAAAGAUUUUGGAAUCGUCAACACUCCUCAGUUACAUUAUCUUGUCGUUGCUGUAAAUACUAACGGCGAAUAUGGAGAUUCAAGUCUCUCAGGAUAUUAUCAGAAGCUUAGUACAGCCUUUAAAAAUAUUAGAGGUACUCGAAUCAAUAAUGGUCAAUAUUCUGCGGAACUGCAAUUGGAUGCUGCGAAUGGAGUAGGUGCCUUGGCUGUUAAAGCGUUUCAAGAGUAUUUAAAAGGAUUCCUAACUGUGAAUGUCUGCAAUGAUGGAAGUGGAGAAUUAAAUUAUAUGUGUGGAGCAGAUUACGUGAAAAUCCAACAAGUUCCGCCGCUAAACGUUGUUUCUAAGCCAAACGUAAGAUGCGUUUCGAUAGACGGAGACGCAGAUAGGAUUGUUUAUUUCUAUACUGAUGAGAAUAACAAGUUCCAUCUUUUGGAUGGAGAUCGUAUCGCAACUCUGGUAGCUGAAUAUUUGAAAGGACUUCUCCAAGAAAGUCAACUCUCUUUGAAUAUUGGACUGGUACAGACCGCUUAUGCAAAUGGCGGUUCAACUGACUACAUUAAAAAUAAUUUGAAAGUGCCUGUGGCUUGUGUGUCAACUGGAGUUAAACACCUACAUCACAAGGCUCUAGAAUUUGAUAUCGGUAUUUAUUUUGAGGCCAAUGGUCAUGGGACCAUUAUAUUUAAAGAUUCUGCAAUGAAAGUCAUCCGAGAUGCUGCCAAGGAUAAAAAUACGACUGAGAGUCAAAGAAAAGCUGCUGCAAAAAUGACUGAUGUUAUUGAUGUGAUCAAUCAGACUGUCGGAGACGCUCUUAGUGAUAUGUUAUUGGUAGAAACGAUUCUCCAUGCAAAAGGGUGGAACCUGAGUGAUUGGGAAGAAAGUUAUAAUGAUCUGCCGAAUAGACAAUUGAAAGUUAAGGUACAAGACAGAAAUGCUAUUGAAACAGCGGAUGCAGAAAGACUUUGUGUUAAGCCAAAAGGUUUGCAAGAGCAAAUUGAUGACCUGGUGAAGCAAUAUUCAAGAGGACGUUCCUUUGUCAGGCCAUCAGGAACAGAAGAUAUAGUCAGAGUAUACGCUGAAUGUGAAAAUGCUGCCGAUGUUGAAAAACUGGCUGCUGAAGUUGCUGUUGCGGUCUACAAUUUAGCUAAUGGAAUUGGCCCUAAGCCUGUUGUGCCCUCAAAAAUGUGAUUUUCGAUCAGUAAUUGAAGAAAAUUAUGUUAAUGCAUUUAAUAGUAUAUGACUGUUAGAUAUAAAAUAUUAACGCUUAACUAUUUGUAAAAGAGACUUUUUUAGUAUUUUUGAUACAUGAAUAAUUUGCAGGGUGUACGGUU